AAUGUUUCGCCGUUCCAUUUCUCAGAUGAUGGUAUUUUUACAGCAAAGAGCCGCGGUCACACUGGACAACGUGCACAAAAUAAAAAAAUCGAACUACAGGAUUAUCAACAAUAUAAAACCCCCGAAAUAUUUGAAAUACAUUGACUAGAUUUCGCUGCAAGUCGGUGGCAUCGGAGUCAGAAAUCAAUAAUCGCCGAGUUUUAGGUAACGAUGGUAAGCAAUGUUUUGUACUGCUCAGAGGAGUCUUUGUGAUUUGCUGCCACAAUUAGGACUGAAAAGUGAUAGAACACACUAAUCCUACGAUAAACAAGCACCGAUUUCCCCAGCAGCAGUCAAGAGAAACUCCCAUUUCCGUCGGUGAAAGGAACCAGUGGGGUCGCAAUUUCUGCGACGACAUCUCAUCUCGGACAAAGAACGCAUAGUUUUCUAUGAGCUGUGUGGAUCGUGAUUAACAAUUAAUGAGGUGUCCCUUUAUGACGCUGACGCACAGUUAUCGACCUAAGCAAAUUGUUAAAUCCAACCGAUAGCUAAUAACAAAGAAGGGAAAGAAAGAGAAAGAGCACAGCAAGGGACACAAAAAUAGCAGCACACCACCAUGACAAUCAAGCCAGUGAGCGCACCACCGAGCGCGAAACGCGUGGCUGGAAAUGUGGAUCCCGAUAACAAGGAGGCCCAGGUGGUUGUGGUGGAGCAGUCGGUGGUCAGCCAGACCCAUAACCAUGCCCACAACCACCGCAACGUCGUCAUAGAUGGGCAGAGCCCCCAGAGGCGUGGCGAGGUCUACGACGAACUGGCACGCACCCAUCGCUGCAGCCCACACAAGAGCACACGCUCGAAGCGUCGAGAUCACCACGAAGCUCAUGCACACCUCUAUAAACGCGAUCGUCUUGAGCGCGAGAAACUAGUCCAUCCGACGGCAGCGGCGGGCAGCGGAGCACCUGGUGUAACUGGCAGCAAAUGCAACAGUCCACCGUUGGCUUCAACUUCUGGCAGUAGCAGUCCGUCGGCGGUUGGCAGAAACUCACCCGAACACUUGGGACUGGGUUGCACCACGGUGCCCACAGCUCAGGUCCAGAUGUCUCCGGCUACGGCGGCAGCCAAUUUGCUAAAAACGGUGGAGGAAACCUUUUCCGGUUACAAUAGCGGCGAUGAGCACCUUCAGCCCAAAGAGCGAUUGAUUCCAGUGGAAGAGUGGCAGCGACGCGACCUGGAGUUCGCCAAGUGUAUGGAACAGCGCGGCUACGAACUUAAGCCUGUCGAGGAGGAUGGCGCCUGCCUGUUUCGCUCCAUAUCCCUUCAAAUAUACGGCGACGAGGAGAUGCACGACGUGAUCCGCCAGCACACUAUGGAUUACAUUCACGAGAAUCGGGAAUAUUUUGGUCAGUUCGUCACCGAGGACAUCAAUAGCUAUAUACAGCGUAAACGAGCUCGUGAUGCCCAUGGCAACCACAUUGAGAUCCAGGCUAUUUCCGAGAUCUACAGUCGUACCGUCGAGGUAUACUGCUACCAGUCAAAUCCCAUCAAUAUAUUUAACUCGGAACAGUCGCAGGCAGGCUAUCCUCCGCUGCGGUUAUCCUAUCAGCGCGGAUCCCACUACAAUGCUAUUUUGGAUCCCUACAACGCCACCGUUGGCGUGGGCCUGGGCUUGGCUGGAUACAAGCCCGAGAUCCAAACCAAAGAGGCUGCGCGUCUCAGCGAGCAGUUGGAGAUCGAACAAACCAUGUUUGAAGAUAAACUAAAGACAACAGACUGGGAGGCCACUAACGAAGCCAUUGAGGAGCAAAUUGCACGCGAGUCCUACCUACAGUGGUGCCGCGAGAAUAUGCAACGCUCGCGCAGCAGCAAUACGGCGGCAGGAUCAGCCACAUCCUCAACGGUUACCUCUGCAGAAGCGCUUACCGAUUCAGAUGCCUCGCCCUCAAAAUACUCUGUUUGUGGGGGCACCGGCAGCAGCGGUAAUACACCUGUGACAUUGACCAGCGGUAGUGGUGGUGAUGGCACAGGCCCCGCCUUUUCGCUGUCCCCUAAAACACUUAGUCAGUUUAGUCACAAGCUGCCGCCUGAGGUGAACGAGCUGGGUGGCUACGAUAGCGAUGCUACAGACAUGAGUAGUACCAGCUCGGUGGGACACUGCGGAGGCAGCUCAUCACCGAGCACAGCUGCAAGCCAACGUUCCGGCAAGGGAUCCAAGUCACAGCGUCGCACUACAGCGCUUAGAAAGAAGCGACGACACGAAACUCGCGAGGCGCCUUUGGCUAGCAAGAGCGCCGAGGCUCUGGAGGCUCCGCUGAGGAAGAGUCCAAAGCGCGAUUCAGCGCCAUCAGUGGCACGAGCUAACACGCCAGAGGCUGAGCAGCGUCCCUCCACCUCGAAGCAGUCGUCUUAUUCGCCACAGAAGAGCGGGGAUGGCCAGUCACCUAGGGAGCAGAGCUACUCCAGCUUUUACCAGGAGCUGCUCGAGGCAUCCUACGCCAAUGAAGGCGCCAACGAGAGCGAAAUGCUGCAGCAAGCCAUCCAGAUGUCCACACGCGAUUACAUGGAGGACCAAAAACGAAAGUUUCUUUGCGGACCGUAGAAGGUCAUCCAAUAGACACUCCUCGUUCUUUGUACAGUGAUUUAGCAGUUAUUUUCGCAACAAAAUGAAACACAGAACUUACCAAAACAAAAAGCAAAAAACGAAAUACGCAGAAAUUAUUCGAUCUUGAAUGUUGAUGAGUGGGCGUGAAACGAAGUUUGCGAUUCGAGCAAUUGUCAUCGUAGCACACCCGCAUUUGCACAUUAACAUUCUCACAUAACACUAUCCCUAUAUAUAUUAUAAACAUAUAUUUUUAAUAAGGCCUCGUUGUAUAAUCACUAGAACUAAAAUUAAAAAAAAAAUAUGUUAGGUUCAUUUUUAAUUUUUUGAUUCAUAUGUGUAUAAAGCACAAACUCCACCCUGCGCGUUUUUUUUACCAAGAACGAAUAUACCCUCCACACCACGUCCCUUUUCCCAUAAAAUUAAUGCAUACUUUGUAAUUCGUCAUAACGUUAAGCUUAGAAAAGUACGCACGAAAGAACGGUAAAUCAAAACUGCUCGUACAUAAAUAAAGGAUAUACAACUAACACAUGGACAUAUACAGAAUACGGAUAAUAAUACGGAUAACGCUAAUUAAUUAUUUAAUUGACUACAAUGAAUGGUGCAUAAUAAUCGUAAUUUAUGAGUACUCUAAAUAAAGCAAAUAAAUAACCCCAAGGAAAUAAAA